AUGUCGAACCACAACGAUUCCAUUCUUGAGCUGGCGCAGCAGAUCCAAACCAACACCAACACAAUUUCCGAGUACUUGCAGCAGAACUCCCUCCCACCUCUCUCGCUUGCCGCAGAUGCAUCCCCAUUCUUUCCGGGCACAGGGCCGACCAACGUCGACAAGUGUCCACGGCUCACGGAAGACAUUUUGAAUGCGCGCACCCAAGUCCGAGAAGCAUGUGCCACCCUGUUGCAGCUCGUCUCGGGUCCAGCGGAUGCAAAUUGGGAUUUCUUGGGCGGUCACUAUAUGUCGGCGUGUAUGCAAUACAUCUAUCACUAUCGGCUUGCCGAGGGAGUUCCCGUCACUGGAGACAUUAGCUAUAAGGAUCUUGCCACAAAGACGGGCACGCUGGAGGGUCAAUGCUCCAGAGUGCUGAGAUUUACUAUGACCAAAAAUAUGUUUCGGGAAUCUCGAGCGGGUUAUGUGGCUCACACUGCGUUGUCCGUGACGUUGUUGCAACCUGACUUCCUGGACAUCCUGGGAUAUGUGACCGAGGAAAGCUUCAUCGGUGCGCCCCGGCUCGUGGAGGCCACGGAAAAGUAUCCAGGAAGCCAGGACAAGAACACGACGCCGUGGAAUCUUGGCCACAACACAGACCUACCAAUGUUUGAGUACUUUGAAGGGCAUCCAGCCCGAUUACAACGAUUCAUGGGGGCCAUGAGAUCGUUGGCUUCCGGAGAGAGUUACAACAUAGGCCAUCUGGUCGAUGCAUUCAGCUGGAAUUCACUGGGAGAUGGUCUCGUGGUUGACGUGGGUGGUAGCUUUGGACACUGCUGCUUCGAGAUUGCUGCAGUCGCCCCGGAGCUCAGGUUCAUCGUGCAAGAUCUUGAAAAGGUCGUGACUCAAGCCCGACAAGAGCGUGCCAACGACAGGCACAUUGAUCGCGUUGACUUUCAAACGCACAACUUCUUCACGCCGCAGCCUGUCAAGAACGCCGAUGUCUAUUUGCUGAGAUUCAUCUGCCACGAUUACUCGGACAAGUAUGCGGCGCAGAUCCUGAGCAACAUCACUCCCGCCAUGGGUCCAAAUAGUAGAAUUGUGAUUGUUGACGCCAUCAUGCCCGAAGUCGGAGUUCUAAGCAAGUUCGAUGAAAACAGAACAAGGUGA